UCCUUCUUUUUUCGUCGUAUACCGACUCACAUGUAUUUGAGAACGAGAAACGAUCACGAAAACCAUGAGAAAUAUGGUGGUUACAAGAGGACUUUAGAUGGUUGUUCUUUUGUUCAUGAUAUUCAUUUGAACAAAUGUUGAAGUGUUCUUGUCUCUAAUUGUAUUAUUGCAAAUUCAAGACGAUUCCUUGGAAAUGUCUUCAAUGCAUUUUGUGGUUCAACCCUUGCCUGGAACAGAGGAUCAAUUGAUAGAUAGGCUCAAGGAGGUAGCGGAACGGUGGAAUAGAUAUGGUACUGGACCCGGAUCUUCAGCACUCAGUUCUUUGAGAGGAGUGCGUGCUGUAGCUGCAGGUCCAGCGCAUAUAGCUUGUCUGCUAGACGAUGGCACAAUAUGUCGAGCUGCAUUUUCUAUUAUUCCUGACCGAUUGGAUUUGAGUAAAGCUGACGCGAGUAAGAAUGGAGGAAAUGGCGGAGGUGGAAGUGGCGGCGGUGGAACGGGAGGUGGAAAGCAGGGGGGCAGCGGAGGAGGUUGUGGAUCUAGACAACAACCCCGGACGAGGGCCCGCAUCAUGAGGAAUUCAAUUCGUGCUGCACCUAGUUCUCAAGGAUCUACUAGCCGUGCGACUGGUGUUAUAAUUGGAGCAUCGAGUUCUGGGCGUGUGGUAUCUGUGCCAGCACCAUUUGUUCCGGAGGAUCUUGUCACACAAGCUCAAGUGGUCUUGCAGGGGAAAAGCAGGAGCCUCAUUAUCAGAGAACUACAGCGCACAAAUCUGGACGUAAACUUGGCGGUAAACAACUUGCUGUCACGGGAUGACGAGGAAGGCGAGGAGCCUGAGGGCGGCGAGGGGGGAGACGGCUACGUACCUGAGGAUCUCAUCUCGCUGCUGGACGGUGGGUUCCACGCGGCACAGCAGGACCAAUCCGUUAUCAUCGACGCGGACAUGUUCUCCGAGGACAUCUUCGGGUACGCGGCUAUCAGAAGUCGCAGUGGAGGCGGUGGCGGUAGUAGCGGUGGCCGCGGGGGUGCUAACCGCGAGAGUAGCAGCUCAACCCAGGAGCGACCCUCGGAAUUUAGCAGGUGGCGUGAACGGCAGUAUUUCGGGCCUCGCAGGUGGCUUGAAUCGGCACUGCGUGAUACUUCCUGGGAUAAAGAUGGAGGCGAAAAUAAGAAAAAGGAUUCAGCAAUGGCUGCAUCGCCGCUUUGGGUUUCUGAGGAACUCGAGUACUGGGAAAGCAACAUACGCUUCACACAUAUUGCGGCUACUUACAGUGAGCUUGUUGCUGUGUCCACACACGGUCAACUGCACCAAUGGCGUUGGGCCGACGCUCAUCCUUAUCAGCGCAAUGAUGGUGGUACAAUUAGCGCAUUUCACCCGCGCGCCAGCUGGCUCGGGCUACUGCCUGGUGAGCGUAUCAUAAACAUCAGCGCAGCCGGAAUAAGAGUCUCAGUCCUCACAGACGCAGGCAGAGCGGCUACUUUCCUCGACGAGUCCAUAGCUCAUGCUCCUGGAGCGUCUCGACUUGAACAUCCACUACAAACUUUCACGGAAUUUGGAUCUGAAAAGCCUAUAUCGCUUCAUGUAUGCUCAUUGUAUACUGUUGCUAGACUGGACUCCGGAGCGCUGUAUUGGUGGGGCGUUCUACCAUUGGGUCAACGCGCCCGCCUUUGGGACAAACACCGGGCCCGCUCUCGCAAGCAACAGCGCGGUCACUCAUCUGCAACGCCACAGGAUCUGCAGGCUGGGCAGAGUGUUACUAUGAAAAAUGCACCCAUGUACCAACCGGGCGCCAUUGGUUUCAACAUGUCUACCGGCGUACCAAAAGUAGGCGUGUUGCAGAAUGCAGCAUGGAACUUGUCGGACACGUGCCGUUUUAAACUUGUGCCACCACCGCAGCCCGAUCGGUCUGUUUCUGACAAGGAUAAAAGAGAUCUACAGAACCAGUCGCCGUUAACUGUGUCAUCAGUGAAGGCAUCUUCAUCUAGCAGCAGUGGCAAAGAUGCUGGAAAAGACAGCAACAAAGACAUGGCAGAUAGACUAGAUAUGCCCCCACCGCCCAGCCCGGCCUCGUCCACGUGUAGCGAUACUAGCACCUCGCAUAAACGUGCAAAACGUGUGACUGUUCGUGGCGAGGAAGGAUCAUCGAACGAUGGCUCCAAACGUGAUGAAGAGGAGUGGCCUCUUAAAGAAGUAGUUUUCCUGGAGGAUGUUAAAAGUGUGCCACUAGGUCGUGUGUUGAAAGUUGACGGCGCAUACGCAGCUGUUCGGUUCCCUACCAUCGGGAAAGAUGGUAAAGAAAUAGUUCCAUCAACGCCGGACGAUUGGACUACGUUAUUGCAGGAUUGUCGUCUUGUGCGAAAAGACGACUUAAUUGCUGUCAAGUGGGGAGCGGGCGGCGCAGCAGGUACUCGAGGACCGGAUUGCUUGCAACGCUCACCAAGGAAAAUUUCACUGCCGCCUGAUGUGCAAGUCAUCACAAUUGCUGUGGAUAGUCGCGGCGUGCACGCCGUGGUUAGGCGUCCGGGAGGUGCACUCGCUUACGCCGUGUAUGCUGUGGGAACUACUAGAGCUUUAACAGACAGCACAUUCCCGACUGAUAACAAUGCCAUGCUGGGAUACUCAAAUGGACAGGCGAUACAGUUGGCCACUGCUGCUGAGGGUAGCGAGCCCGUGGUGGUGAUGCUGGACGGCAACGGCGCGCUGUACCCGGUGUCGCGCGACUGCGUGGGCAUGGUCCGCGAGCCGCCGCCGCUCAACCUGCCGCCCGCGCGCGCGCUCGCCGCACACGCGCUGCCGCUCCACCCGCACUCGCACUCCGCGCACGCCGCGCACUCACACCACAACGCGCUCAAGUCGCAGGUGGCCCUCAUUAUAUUAGUUCCGGAACCUCAGCUUAUGAUGCCUCGAGUACUGCGCUGCGACCUUGAAGGCGUGCGUCAACUUCUGCACCAGUUGGAAUCCGAUACCAGCAAACAACAGAUUUUAUCAAUACUCCAGGAGCGUUGUGAUGGAAAUAGGAAUAUUUUACAUGCAUGUGUACACAUGUGUGCACCGACUUCCAACAAAGAACCUGAUAUAGUGGAAAAUCCUUCAAUGCCGAAUUUAGCAGGCAGUACGGGCGGCACCGGCGCCAGCUCAGAGGAGACUGUGCCCGCGUUGGCGUGGCCGCCCGAGUCCUUCGAGGCGUCCGGGGACGAAGAUAGUUUGAUGGGACUCACCAAUAAUGGCAAAACGAGUGGUGGCAACAAUGGUAGCGGUGCAGUGAGCGCCGACCCUGCGGAGCGGCGAGGCAACGCGCUCGCAGCACUGCGCGCGCUCUGCGAGAGUGCCGUGCUGCAGCCCUACAUGAUACAACUCCUCACUUCUAAGGAUGGUAUGGGGCAAACGCCUUUAAUGGCAGCGGUGUCGGAGCGUGCAUACCGCGCCGCAUUGGUUCUUCUUGAUGCGGUGCGCGGCUGCCCUGACGUCGACGAAAGCCAACGAUCUGCGGCCAUCUUCCCGCCCAAUGCGCACCCAGACCACUCGCCGUUGCUUGUGUUGUGCUGUAAUGACACCUGCAGCUUUACAUGGACAGGACAAGAGCACAUUAACCAGGAUAUCUUUGAAUGUAAGACUUGCGGGCUUACUGGAUCACUAUGUUGCUGCACUGAAUGCGCGAAGGUAUGUCACAAAGGACAUGAUUGCAAACAGAAGCAAACUUCGCCCACCGCAUAUUGCGAUUGUUGGGAAAAGUGUCGUUGUAAGGCACUGGUUGGCGGUAACGGUGCAGCACGGUUCGACCUACUCGCUAGACUCGCCAGAGAUACUGAACUUGCGACGCAUUUCAAUUCAAGGGGGGAGUCGAUCCUGCUGUUCCUGGUACAGACUGUGGGGCGGCAGGCUGUGGAGCAGCGUCAGUUCCGCGCGGGCGGUAGCCGUGCGCGCGGGCAGCGCAAGCAGCCAGGCUCCGACGCGGAGGUGGACGCGCCCGACCACGACCUCGAGCCCCCGCGGUUCGCGCGACGUGCGCUCCUACACCUACUAGGCGACUGGCCCGCGGUGGAGGCGGCAGUGAUGUGCGGCGCGAGCGGCGGGGGCACCGACGCGGAUACGCGGGCGGGGACUCCGCCUCCGCACCAGUCCGGCACCACGCUGCUCGACAAGUUUACGCACGCACUUAUCGUCAAAUGCACCAAUGAGACGUUAGAUACAUUACUGAACACGCUGAAUCAUGAGCAGCAGAACGACUCGAUACCGGGACGUGCGGAACGUGCGCGCGAAGUGGCGCGUCGGUUCGUGCGAUCUGUCGUCCGAAUAUUUGUAAUAUUCAGCGUGGAAAUGGCGCCGGGCGCUGCUAAGAAAAAAGGCCCCUUGACUAUAACCUCAUCGUUGGUCCGCUGUCGGCGCGUGUUUGCUGCUCUUGUGACCCUCGCAGUCGAGGAGCUGGUGGAGGCCGCCGAUGCUCUGUUGGCGCCGGUACGGCUUGGUGUGGUUCGUCCCACUGCUCCUUUCCCACUGGCCACUACUUAUGUGGAACUCGUCAACGGUAGCGAAGACUUGUUUGGAGUUGAACCGCUUUCUACUGGACAUUCACGUCAUAGUCAUACGAGAAGAGAAUCAAACACAACCGGUGGACGUGGUACUGCCGCAGGCGGUACGUCAAUGGGCAGUUCAACAUUAGUUCCUGAUAGGUCGUCUACCCCUGUAGCAACUGAAUACGCUGAUGACGUCGCUGGCGAAGCGCUAGGUGGAGAUGACGAUGCUUCUGAGACUGAUGAGCCAAAUGUUCCAGCGCCUGUACCACCCUCUGACGCUCAGCAUCAUGAAGAUGUUAUAAAUGAUAGAGCUCAAGAACAGCAUGUGGUAGUAGAAAAUGGCACAGAACGUGCAGAAGGCGGUGAGAGUGAAAGUGAACUCGAUUUAUUGGCUGAAGUUGAGACAGAAAGUGAUUCAGAUGACCAAGAUAAUGCUGAGUCUGCACAGCGUAGCGUACAAACUGGCGCUACUCAAGGUUCUGAUGCUGGCAUAGCGUCGCUGCUGUUGUAUCCCGAGGACGAGAGCGGCGACUCGACGCAGCCCGAGGACGAGGACUCCGAGGCCGGCGAGACGGACGAGCAGGACGGAGAGCCCGAGCCGCCGCUGCACGACGGCGAGCCGCUCGAGAGACGCGCCGCGCCCCCGGCCAGGCCCAACCUCGCGCCGCACUCCAUGCAGUGGGCCAUACGCAACCGCGAGCCGAACCGCGCGGCCAGCAGCAGCGCGAGCGGCGUGCGUCUGUCGGGCGGGUCGUCGCUGGUGUUCAUCGACCCCGCCACGCUGCGCCGCUCGGCCGCCGCCGCCGCCGCCGGCGCUCACGACCCGCACUCCACCUCCACCACCGCCUCAUGCCUUGCUAGAGCUUUUGGUAUUGUGAUUCGUCAAAUAGCCGAUCUCAUAUGGGAGUAUGAGCGCUUGACGGUGCCGCUACCGCGUGCUGAGAGACUCUCCUACCGAGAGGCACUUCGUCUUCAGUGCUAUCUCGAGAGGCAACUAAAAGCUACCUGGGACUGGCUGGUUACUGUUAUGGAUGCAACAGAAGCACAACUAAGAUUUGGUGCUUCUCUGACAUCAAACAAUGCAGUUAACACAGGCACGGAAAGUAACCGCACCAGUGUGCCAGCUGUGAGGCGUACUACUUCAUUCACUUCUCCAGCAACUCGUAUAAUUGGAUUUUCAGAAGGACCUAGGUCAAGGGAUCGCGAGCAGGGCGUGGAGGCCGGCAGCGCGCGGCGCGAGUUCCUGGCGUACUGCCUGUCGCUGCUGCGCGCGCACAGCGCCGAGCACGCGGAGCAGCUGCCCGUGCUGGACGUGGCCGCGCUCAAGCACGUGGCCUACGUGCUCGACGCGCUCGUCUACUACAUGCGAGCAGCGCAGCCGCAGCCGCACCACCAUCACCACCACCUCUGGCCUUCGGAUGAGAACGAAAAUGAAGAGGGCGAUGAAGAAAUGGUAGUAGGCGGAGGAGCCGCUGUAGAAUCGGACAACGAAACAGACAGCGCCCGCGGUCGAGCACAUGCAUUCUUCCAAAGAUCUGACUCUACACUGUGUUUAGGAUGCCCACCACCAGAUCCGUUCAACAUGACGAUGCAAGAAGCGCUGCCGUUGGCGGACCAACCUCAGUUGUUGCAGCCGAAUGCUCGGCGCGAGGAACUGUUCGGGAUGCCGCGGCAGCCCGUAACUGUGCCUGCUACCGGCGAUGCGCCGCCAGGCGUCAACAACCCGCUCGAAGUGGUCCCACGGCGGCUGGGCCUGUCGACGCGCAGCACGGAGCGAGGCUGGUCUCCGCCCGCGAGGGCCGCGUCCGCGCCGCCCGCACACACGCACUCGAUCGCCAGGGACGAGCCACAGGAUCUUUCAUGCACAAAGGAUACGACAACGAAAAUGGACGUAGACACAGACGGAGAAUACUUAUCUGAUUCAGAUUCAAACGAUGCGAGGCAGAUAUCACGGAAGAAGCACCACAGGCACCCACAUUCAGUGUCAGCCGGCACUAGUUCUCUACAGGAUUUGAACACACAGCCCUCAGAGUUCCACACGCUAGUUGAUACAGCCUGUUCCAUUAUUGAAGCACCUCACCAACAGGUGUUAGCUACGCCUUCACCAGGUCCCAGUAACAGUACUACGGCGGAGUCCCGUGCUUCUACCUCGCGCAGUCCCGGCAAGACCGUUAUUGUACGUGCUGGUGAAUUAUUGAGCGCGGCUGAUCCAUUGGAAUCUCAAGAGAUUUCGGCACAUGUUACUGUUGAGACUACUGGCCUACCUCCCCCGCCGCUUCUGCCGCCGUUAAAUGUAUCAGUGCAACCUCCCGUGUGUCCGUCAUUGGGUGCGUCAGUUUCACACGACUUACUCCUGGGCCGCUGGCGACUGUCCCUGGAUCUAUUCGGUCGCGUGUUCACGGAAGACGUCGGCCUCGAGCCGGGCUCCGUCGUUGCCGAGCUGGGUGGCUUUCCAGUGAAAGAGGUCAAGUUCCGCCGAGAUAUGGAGAAGUUGAGGAAUGCGCAGCAGCGAGACUUAACUUUGCACAAGAUGGAACGCGACCGCGCCAAGUUGCUGCAGCAAACGUUCGCGGAGCUGAACAGCGCAUUCGCGGGACAAAACCGGCGCGCGCACAGCGGCCACCCGCCGCUGGCCGUCAACCGCGUCAAGGUCACCUUCCGCGACGAGCCCGGGGAGGGCAGCGGCGUCGCGCGCUCCUUCUACACCAGCGUAGCCGAGGCUUUACUCGCCAAUGAAAAGCUGCCACCUCUAGAGCCUGCGACGGGCAGCGGUAGCAACAGUAGCAGCACGAACGGUACUUCCGGCUCGGCUGCAUCGGGAGCCAAUGCCGGCGCGGCUAGCAGCAAUAAUGGCACACGGAGCGGUGCCGGGGGACGCGCGCGGUCCAAGGAGGCGGCCCGGCGAGCGCCCGGCCGCCCCGCGCCCCGCCCGCCCGCCGCGCGCGAGCCGCGCCGGCUGCUCAGCGUCGACGCCAGGCCCUACUCACCACAGGCCGCCCCUGGUACUGAGGGCGCCGGCUACAGCGGAGACCGCCCAGGAGGACACAACGAACAUCUCACACUUCAUCAAGCUCAACUCGGUGAACGAUUAUAUCCUAAGGUUCAUUCCCUUCAUCCAACGUUCGCGGGCAAAAUAACUGGCAUGCUGCUGGAAUUGACGCCGGCGCAGUUGUUGGUGCUGCUCGCCAGUGAAGACGCGCUAAGGCAAAAAGUUCGUGAAGCAAUGGAUCUCAUUGUCAUGCAUCCUUCAGAGGCAAUACUCGAUUUGGACGUAUUUUCGCUGUCGGAGCGUGGAGGCGCGGGCGGCGGCAGCGGCGGCAGCGGCAGCGGCGCCGGCGGCUCGGGCGGGGGCGCUUCGGGGGCGGGACCCUCGGCUCCGGCGGCGGCCGCCGACGACGCAGCGCCGCUGUUCUACUCGCCCGGCAAGCGCGGGUACUACUCCCCUCGGCAGGGCCGCGCCACGCCCGAGCGGAUCAACGCCUUCAGGAACGUCGGCAGGAUUAUUGGACUAUGCUUACUUCAGAAUGAGUUGUGUCCGAUGUUCUUGAACCGACACGUACUCAAAUACGUCCUAGGCCGACCGGUGCGAUUCCAUGACUUGGCAUUUUUUGAUCCCGUCGUCUACGAAAGUCUCCGACAGCUCGUGGUGGACGCUGAGACUGGCGACUCCCAUUCACUCUUUGCAGCUCUUGAUCUCAACUUUAGCUUGGAAAUGUGCGAAGAGGAAGGGGGUGGUUGCGUGGAAUUGGUGCCUGGAGGACGAGAACUUGAAGUGACAGCGCUUAAUGUGUAUGACUAUGUCCGCAAGUAUGCGCAACAUCGGAUGCUGAUCUCGCAAGAGAAAGCCCUCGAGGCAAUGCGUGUAGGUGUUCUCGACGUAUUACCGGAGUCGGCAUUGGAAGGCUUGACUGCAGAGGAUCUUCGGCUUCUUUUAAAUGGAGUGGGUGACAUAAACGUGGCGGCGCUAGUUUCCUACACGAGCUUCAACGAUGAAAGUGGCGAGCCCCCGGAACGCCUCGCGCGGUUUAAGCGCUGGCUCUGGGCCAUAGUAGAUAAGAUGACUCAUCUCGAAAGACAAGACUUAGUGUACUUUUGGACUGGAUCUCCUGCGCUACCUGCAUCCGAAGAAGGUUUCCAGCCGAUGCCGUCGGUGACAAUUCGCCCCGCAGAUGAUGCUCACCUACCCACCGCUAACACAUGCAUUUCGAGACUCUACAUACCAUUGUACUCGUCACGGCAUGUGCUCAAGCACAAAUUACUGCUUGCUAUAAAAACCAAGAACUUCGGCUUUGUUUAAAUACUCGCUGCCAUUGUAUAUUAUUUGGUUUUAAACCCAUUCAA